AUGGCAUCUCUCUGGCGGGCCGCGACGGCCCUAACCCAAACCCAAUCAACCCAAACUGACGGGGUGGAGUUCUGGUCGAACCCAGAACGAACCGGGUGGUUAACGAAACAAGGAGAGCACAUCAAAACAUGGAGACGCCGUUGGUUCGUUUUAAAACAAGGGAAGCUCUUCUGGUUCAAAGACUCCACCGUGACUCGGGUGUCUAAGCCACGAGGCGUUAUUCGAGUUGCCUCUUGCUUGACAGUUAAAGGAGCCGAGGAUCUGCUUCAUAAACAGUACGCGUUGGAGUUGUCUACGGGGAACGAUACCAUGUAUUUUAUUGCAGAUUCUGAGAAGGAAAAGGAGGAUUGGAUUAAUGCGAUCGGACGGUCUAUAGUUCAGCACUCGAGAUCUGUUACUGAUUCUGAGAUCGUUGAUUAUGAUAGUAAAAGAUGA